GUGGGGUAUCAACAGUGAGUGCGGAGGCGGGGGGGGGGCGGUUCGGGGAUAAGAUGGCGCCGCCUACGAAAAGCAUGAAGAACCGAUCUCCGUCUCCCCCGCUGCAUGUCCACGUGGAUGAGAGUACUCCCGUACAUGUUCAUAUUAAGAAGGGAACAAAGACUGCUUCCAAAGUACAGAAAGGGCCAAAAAGCAAAGCGAAAAGUGAUUCUGGAAAUCUUCGGCGGAGUGUGAAAGUGAAGACGAGGGUGCCAUGGAUUCCUCCAGGGAAGACUUCUGUGCGGGAUUCAGGAUUCAAAUGGGAGGGUUGCACACAUCGCUUAGAUAUAACUCCCCCUGAUAUGGAAAAGAUGAUGUCGGCAUUACGUAUGAGUGACCUCUCUACUGACGAGGAAGAGGUUUUGCGAAGCAAGAUCAACUCCUACGAAAAGAAGAUCGACAGCUUGAUGUGUGAAGUUAGAACACUGAAGAACGAGGUGGAGUUAAAGAAGAGGGACCAUUCUAUUGAGCGAUUUGAAGCACAGUUGGAAGCCUCCAAGCGCCUGCUGAAUGCCAAGAGUGACGAACUCCAUGAGGUAUCCCAGGAGCUGGCUGAGGCAGAGAAUGAAAACACUCGUCUGAAGAGGAGCAUUGACCGCAUCAAGGAGGAAACAGACAUGAGUUUGAGGCAAAAGCAGCUGCUGCAGCAAGAAGAGUCUCACCUGCUCGCCAAGCUGGUGGAAACGGAGAAGGACGGGGCAGAGGCAGCAAGACAAGUCAAACUGCUGCGGGACACGAUCACUCAGAUGAAGCAGGAGAAGAGAUUGAACAGCACGGACAUGAACACCCUCACCCGGCAGAAGGAGAUUUUAUUGGAGAAGCUGAACACAUUUCAAGAGACCAACAGAACUUUAAGGACUCUGCUCAGGGAGCAACACAGCCGAGAGACCGAAACUCACCGGCUGUUGGAGCAGAAAGAGAAUUUACUGAAGAAGCUGUCUGAUGCUGACACAGAGAGAGCUCAUCUCCAACUGAGGCUUCAUGAGCGAGACAAAGAGAUUGAAGACCUGCGGGUUCAGCUGAAGACAGAAAAGGAUCUAGCUAGAACAUCGACCGAAUAUUCGAAGUCUUUAGAAACAACAAGAGCUCACUUACAGGGGCAGCUGAGGAGCCGCGAGGCCGAGAAUAACCGCCUCUCUGUCCAACUCAGGAAUAUGGAGCACAAUGAAGCUCGGCACAAAGAUGAACUGAAAUUAAUGACUGUUCAGUUAGAUGAUUUCAAGCAGCGUAUGGAGCCAGAGAAAGAGGCUCUAAAGAGAUCCGUCCGUGUCCAGAAACAUCGAGCAGAAAGAAGUGAGGAGGAAGUGCGGAUACACCAUACACAGCUCAUGGAGAAGAACGCUGAACUUUCCGCUGCUCUGUCCAGCAUGGAGUCCCUGAAGAGCCGAAACAACAUGCUGAUGAACGAUAAGAGCCAGUUGGAGACUGAGGUCACAAUGCUGAAUGACCGAGUGGCCAAGCUGCUGGAGGAGAGUCAUAACAAUGAAGACAAGACACGAUCUGACCGUGACUCUAUCCUGGAUAGACUCCACCAACAGACCACAGAAAACACCAGCCUUCGUAUGGAACAUGAGAAGCUUAAGGCCCAUUUUUCCACUGUGGAGGAGAAGCUGACGCUGGCUCACAGCGAAAUUCAGCAGCUAAAGAAUUCUCUGCAUCAGUAUGAAAGUCUGGUUGAUACCUAUAAAGAUCAGAUGAAAAAGACUCGACUCGAGGCCGAUCAAAUGAGCCUACAACUAGAAAGAUCUGAUGUAGAGAAUAAAAACCUAAAGGACGAGAUGAGCAUUGAACUAGAACAGAUUCAUAGGAAAUUUCAGAGUCGUUUAGAAGAACUGGAGAGGCUCCCAGAGAUGCUGAAGAUGACAGAAAUAAAGCUGCAGGAAUGUCAGGAGCAGCUGCAAGGCUACGAGCAGAAGAACGCUGAGCUUUCUUCCAUCAUCUCCAAUUUGCGUGUUAGGAUGGAGCAGCAGGGAGACAAGAUGGAGUCUACAAGGGACCGCUACCAGUCCGCAAUGGAAGAGAACAAGCUUCUAUCUAUGAAACUGGAAGAGCUGGAGAGGAGAUUGGAGGACGCUGGAGCACAAAACAGAGAACUCCUCCAAGUUGUGGCCAAGCGGGAAGAGACGAUCCAUCAGAACCAGCUGAGACUGGAGGAAAAGUCCCGGGAUUGUGCUUCCCUGUCUCGGCAGCUGGAGGCGGCCAUCGAAGAGUCCCGGAGACAUGUGGACCAGACCAAAGAACGAGCGACAUCCAAAGAGAGGGUGACACAGGCUAAAACACUUGAGCUGGAGACACAACUGAGCAGGGCCAAGACGGAACUCAACCAGUUCCGACGCAGCAGAGACGAUGCAGAGCGCCGUUUCCAGAGUCGCCUCCAAGAUCUAAAGGACAGGCUGGAGCAGUCGGAAAGCACCAAUCGCAGCAUGCAAAAUUACGUCCAGUUCCUGAAAUCCUCCUACACCAAUGUGUUCGGUGAGGCGGCUUUGUCGAGUUCUCCAAUCCGUCCUCCCACUCCGCUCUGA